AUGCCGUUUGAGUAUCCCAGUACGUUCCGCACGCUCGCGGAGACAUUGGUAGAGCGGGCGGUCACGGUUGACUUGCUGCGCGUGGUACUCGAGCUCACGGCGCUGCGCGCACCCGAAGGCAAGGCGCUCUAUGUGCUCCUCGGCGCGGCUAUGCGAGGCGUUGCUGGUGAAAUCGAUCGAAAGCAACAUCUCGCUUGCUGGUACAUCAGCCCCGAGCGCGCGGCGUCUUUGAGGGAACUGGCAGGCAAGGACCAGACAGAUGCGAAAGCGCGUGCCAGCGACUUCGAUGCCUGGGCUGGUGACACCCAAGUCGAAUGGUGCAGGGUCCGGGAGGAUCGACCCGAAAUUGUAGUACCGCGGGACCUUGGUUCACCGCUUGCCUGGUGGCGAUCCAAGCGCGUCACCAUUCUCGGGUGCGGUGCACUCGGUAGCGCCGUAGCGCUAAUGCUUGCUCGGGCGGGCAUUGCGCACCUGAGGCUCUAUGAUCGAGCCGGCGUAGCGCCCGGCGUGCUCAGCAGACAGAACUUUCAGCGCCAUCAAAUUGGCUACACCAAGUCAUCCGCAACGUUUCGGAACGUGGAGGCCGUCAAUCCUGCCAUCGAGGUCGUUGACCGUCCCAUCAACGUCGUUCAUGCACUCCGUACGGAAGCCGAUAAGCUCUUUGACUGCGACGUGAUCGUAAACGCGACGGCAUCGGUAGCUGUCGCAGCGGCGCUUGAAAAACAUCUCUCGAAUGAGACAAAACUCCAUCCGCCGAUCGUGUCGAUGGCAGUCGGCCACAAAUGUGACGUGGGAAUGGUCACCCUGGGCAUCCACGGUGUCGCAGGGGUUGCGCAGGACCUUGAGCGGCGCACGAAAAUAGCGCUUGCGAAUGCAAGCAAUGGGCAGGACUUCCUCGACGAGUUCUGGCCGCUUCCGGGGCAGCGCCACAAACUCUUCCAACCCGAACCCGGAUGUUCGGACCCCACGUUUGUAGGCUCCGCUGCAGACGUCCAAGGUCUAUCGGCUGGGCUAUUGAAUGUCGCAAGUAGCUGGCUGGCAGAGCCGACGACGAGCGCUCGCUGCUGUCUCAUACGAGCGCCGCACACCAUCAGGCCUCAACGGCCCGCCAUCGUGCAAUUUGCUUGGCCAGCGGAUCGUGUCAUCACGGACCAUCGCCACGGCUUCCACAUCCGUUGCACGCCGGGCGCUGAACGAGAUCUCCUCGGCUGGAUUCGCUCGUCCAGGCGCCUACGCGGGCCGAGGGUCGAAACGGGAGGCCUUCUGUUCGGCCAGUUUGACGAGUUUCUCAAGAUCGCAUGGGUAACGGAGGUCUUCGGCAUCGUCGUCUUCCUGUUCGCGCCGCAGUUCGUCGCCUUCUUCGUGCCCGGCGAUCCCGCCGUGAUCGCGGCCGGCGCCGGCUUCCUGCGCAUCAUGUCGCUGGCCUGGGGCUUCCUCGGCCUGCAGUUCGCCCUGACCGGCGUGUUUCCGCGCCUCGGGCAACAUGGUGCUGACCAUGGUGCUGACGCUGGUCUCGCAAUGGGUCGUGCAGUUCCCGCUGGCCUACGUGCUCUCCAAGCACACCGACCUGCAUGA